AUGGGGGCGGCGCGGAUCUCACCCUCCCGAGGCCGCUCGCUCCUCGCGCUAGUUAUGGCGGUGCUCCUUGUCGAGUCUCUUGGCGAGGAUUCCCUUUUUCACCCUGAGUGGGGCUUUGACUCGUACGAAAUCACCAUCCCCAGGAAGCUGAGCUUCCGGGCAGGAGAGCCGGGUGUGGUCAGUCCCGUGUCCUACCUCCUGCACUUAAAAGGCAAGAAGCAUGUCCUCCACCUGUGGCCCAAGAGGUUUCUGUUGCCCCGGCAUCUGCGUGUUUUCUCCUUCACAGAACACGGGGAACUGCUGGAGGAUCACCCUUAUAUACCCAGGGACUGCAACUACAUGGGCUCGCUGGAAGGGUCUCAGGACUCUGGAGCUACUGUGAGUACGUGCAUGGGGGGUCUGCGAGGCAUACUGAACAUUGAUGGCGAGCAUUACCAAAUGGAGCCCCUCAAGGCCUCCUCCAGUUUUGAACAUGUCGUCUAUCUCCUGAAGAAAGAGCAGUUUAGCAAUCAGACCUGUGGCUUAACUGAUGAUGAAAUAGAACGGCAGAUGGCCCAGCAUGAGAAUACGGCUAGGGUGAGGGACUAUUCUGGAUCCUAUAUGCACCCAAAGUACAUUGAACUGGCUCUGAUCUUUGAUCACAGUACAUAUAUGUACAGGAAGUUCAAUCUUACUCGAGUCAUAAAUGAUGCCAUUCUUUUGACGGGGAUUAUGGACUCCUACUAUCAAGAUGUCCAGUUGAGGAUACAUCUAAAAGCUCUUGAGGUAUGGACAGAUUAUAACAGAAUUUUUGUUGGAUUUCCUACGUUAGCUGAAGUUUUAGGCAGAUUUGUACUGUACAGAAGAAGUGUGUUCAAUGCUCGGCUUCCAGCAGAUUGGGCUCAUUUGUAUGUUCAGAGAAGAUAUACGGAUGCCCUUGCAUGGUCCUUUGGAAGAGUGUGUUCUAUGGACCAUGUCGGAUCAGCAAGCAGUAUUUUAGAUGCAAAUAUCCUUGGACCUGCCACUUGGACUUCUCAUGAAGUGGGCCAUGCUUUGGGAAUGGCACAUGAUGAAGAAUAUUGCCAAUGUAAGGGUAGGAAGAGUUGCAUCAUGGGCACAGGACGUACUGGGUUUAGUAACUGUAGUUAUGCCGCUUAUUUUAGAUACACGUCUUUGUCAGCCAAAUGUUUAAAUAAUAUCCCAGGACUAGGUUAUGUGGUGAAGAGAUGUGGGAACAAAAUUGUGGAAGAUGAUGAGCAAUGUGACUGUGGCUCAAAAGAAGACUGUCAAAAAGACCGAUGUUGCCAACCCAAUUGUAGGCUGAGGCAAGGUGUCAACUGCAGCUUUGGACUUUGCUGUCAUCGCUGUCAAUUUCGCCCCUCUGGAUAUGUGUGUAGGCAGGAAGAAAAUGAAUGUGACCUUGCAGAGUACUGUAGUGGGAAUUCAAGUUACUGCCCAAAUGACUUGUAUAAGCAGGAUGGAACCCCUUGCAAGUACAAAGGCCUUUGUUUCCGAAAGGGGUGUCGAUCCAGAUUUAUGCAGUGCCAAAGCAUUUUUGGGCCUCAUGCCAGGGAGGCUCCUAAUCUGUGCUAUGAGGCAGUUAAUUCAAUAGGUGAUCAAUACGGCAACUGUAAGAUUAAUGGAAUUGCUAACUUUACACAGUGUACCGGGGAGAAUUCAGUGUGUGGCAGGCUACAGUGUAUAAAUGUCAAAACCAUUCCUGAUUUGCCAGACCAUACUACUAUAAUUUCUACUCACUUGCAUGCAGAAAAUGUCAUGUGUUGGGGCACAGGGUAUCAUAUAUCCAUGGAACCCAUGGGGAUACCUGACAUUGGUGUGAUAAAUGAUGGCACAUCCUGUGGCGAGAACCGGGUAUGUUUUAACAGAACUUGUGUCGAUAUCUCAGUCCUGAAGUUUGACUGUCUGUCUAAGAAGUGCAAUGGCCGAGGUGUUUGCAACAACAGAAAAAGCUGCCACUGCACGUAUGGCUGGGCCCCUCCAUUCUGUGAGGAGGUAGGGUUUGGAGGGAGCAUUGACAGUGGGCCUCCAGGACCACUGAAAGUGGAGGCGCCACCAUCAGUUCAGAUUGUGUCCUUUAUGCUACUGCGCCUCAUUUUGUUAGUUGCCUCAGUGAUUUUUGUGUUUUUCAGGCAAAUGAUAGUAAAGUGGUUAAAUCUCAAUCAGAAAAAAACACCACCAGGUAACACUGAACGUGAACCAUCUAAAGCAAAGACUGGAGCUGAAAUGUCCAAAGUGAACACUGAAGAGGAAGAACCUAUAAAACCCCCUGAAGAUAAACAAUCCAAAGCAAAGAGUGUCAAGAAACCGAAAAAGCAUCCAGGCAACCCCCAGUCAUUCAGUAACACGUUGGAAUACCCUGAGAAGAACGGCGCGACGGCUUCUCUGGACACUGAAGCUCUGAAUGUGGCCUCCGUAGGGUUGCGGUGGGUUUCAGAGCACAAGCGUACUUCAGCAAGCUUGUGGAGAGAUGCGUAUAAGCUUUCAAUUUUAUUUUUCCACAACUUUUUGAAGUACCCUCGUAGAGCCCUGUCUCUCACAACCCCAGAGAGCAAAGUGACCGUCCGCCUCUUCCCCCUCCUGCCCCAACUGGAUCGACACGAAUGUCCGCACCUGCACCCUAGGCCGAAGGGUCUCUUGUGUCAUCUGGAUGAUGCAUGCAUCAGCAAUCCUUGCCACAAGGGGGCACUGUGUGAUACCAACCCCCUGAAUGGACAGUAUAUUUGCACCUGCCCCCAGGGAUACAAAGGGGCUGACUGCACAGAAGAUGUGGAUGAGUGUGCCUUGGCCAAUAGCAAUCCUUGUGAGCAUGCAGGAAAAUGUGUGAAUACAGAUGGCGCCUUCCACUGCGAGUGUCUGAAGGGCUAUACAGGGCCUCGUUGCGAAAUGGACAUCAACGAGUGCCAUUCAGACCCCUGCCAGAACGAUGCCACCUGUCUGGAUAAGAUUGGAGGCUUCACGUGUCUGUGCAUGCCAGGUUUCAAAGGUGUGCAUUGUGAACUGGAGAUAAACGAAUGUCAGAGCAACCCUUGUGUGAACAAUGGACAAUGUGUGGAUAAAGUGAAUUGCUUCCAGUGUCUGUGUCCACCUGGGGGAAGUUCCCCGUUGCCUCUGAAGGGUCUGCUGGUGACUCUUAUCAGUGCAGUUGACUAUGUGGUGGGCUGCCUUGGCUCCUGUUCAGUCAGUGCACAGGUUCUGCACAUUCACCUGGGCAGCCCCUGUGGUGGUUUGCUGGGGCCUGUGAACUCCUCCAGUGCUCAGGUGUGGGUGGAGCCUGUGGCUUCAUUGGUCCCUGGGAGUGUGGCCGAGGUGUCCCUCAGCAAACACCCCCGAAAGACCUGUCCCUGCAAGCAGAAACCCCAAACACAGAAUUUUGCUAGCAGCUUUGCCCUAGACACUGUCAGGACUUGUCAUUACCUGUGGACGCUGGUGCAAUGCAGGAGUUACCGUACCUUGCUGAAGUACGCUUGUGCUCUGAAACCCACCGCAACCCUACGGAGGCCACAUUCAGAGCUUCAGUGUCCAGAGAAGCCGUCGCGCCAUUCUUCUAAGGGUAUUCCAACCUUGAUCACAAGCGAGGAGCAAGUGAACGGUAGGAAGAUAAAAUGCACUGAUGUGUGUCCAGAAGAAGAAUAUUUAUUUGCUGAUCAAAACUUGUGA